CACUCUCCUCCCUUCCUCUCAAACACCAACUCCCUAUUAAAAUCCAGGUCAAAAAAGAAACCGAAAACAAAAAAAAUCAGUCAGGUACGCCGCCGUCGCUUUUAACAAAAUGGAACUCCCGUGCGACGGAGCCGGCAUUUGCAUGGUCUGCAAAAACAAGCCACCAAGUGAAGAGACCCUCGCGUGCAAAACAUGUGUCACCCCCUGGCACGCCACGUGUCUCGUCUCCCCCCCUCAGGCGCUAUCUGAUACGCUGCAAUGGGAGUGCCCUGACUGCUCCAUGAUUCAUCCAUCGUCCACCUCCGCCUUCGCCUCUGGAAGAUCGGAGGAUUCCGGUGAACUCAUCGCGUCGAUUCGGAAGAUCGAGGAUGACAAAUCGUUGACUGAACAGGAGAAGGCAAAGAAACGUCAGGAGCUGUUGAGUGGCGCCGCCGCUGGUCCGUCCUCAUUGGACGGCGAGGAAAAGAAAGAGAAGAAUGACGUGCUUGAUAUACUCGAUAAGGAGUUGACUUGCUCUUUCUGCAUGCAAAUGCUUGAUAGACCGGUUACAACCCCAUGCGGCCAUAACUUUUGCUUGAAGUGCUUCCAGAGAUGGAUUGGACAAGGGAAACGUACAUGUGCAUAUUGCCGUGUACAAAUCCCACCCAAGAUAGCAAGCCAGCCUCGUAUCAAUUCUACACUUGUUAUUGCCAUACGUAUGGCAAGGAUGUCAAGAUCCAGCAAUGCCGGGGGUGCUGCGAAGGUAUAUCAUUUUGUCCACAACCAAAACAGGCCAGACAAAGCAUACACAACAGAGCGGGCAAAGAAAGCUGGCAAGGCUAAUGCUUGUAGUGGGAAGAUCUUUGUCACAGUUGCUCCUGAUCACUUUGGGCCAAUCCCUGCAGAGAACGACCCAGAAAGAAAUAUGGGUGUUUUGGUGGGAGAGAUAUGGGAGGAUAGGCUGGCAUGCAGGCAAUGGGGUGCCCAUCUCCCCCAUGUUGCAGGAAUUGCUGGUCAGUCUACUUAUGGCGCACAAUCGGUGGCUCUUUCUGGAGGUUAUAUUGAUGAUGAGGACCAUGGUGAAUGGUUUCUUUACACUGGGAGUGGAGGAAGGGACCUGAGCGGCAAUAAACGCACAAACAAGGACCAGUCCUUUGAUCAAAAGUUUGACAAGAUGAACGAGGCACUACGAUUAAGCUGCCUAAAGGGCUAUCCUGUAAGAGUGGUUAGGUCCCACAAAGAGAAGCGAUCAUCAUAUGCUCCAGAAACAGGUGUGCGUUAUGAUGGGGUUUAUAGAAUUGAGAAGUGUUGGCGUAAGAAUGGAAUACAGGGCUUUAAAGUUUGCAGGUAUCUCUUUGUCAGAUGCGACAACGAGCCUGCUCCAUGGACGAGUGAUGUUCAAGGGGACCGUCCAAGGCCUCUGCCUGUCAUUAAGGAAUUAAAGAAUGCAAUUGAUAUAACUGAAAGGAAGGGGUCCCCUUCCUGGGACUAUGAGGAUGAAAAAAGUUGCUGGAUGUGGAAAAAGCCACCUCCAGCCAGUAAAAAAAGAGUUGCUGAUAGUGUAGGUCCAGAAGAUGGCAAAGUGAUUAGGAUAAUCAAGCGACAAAAAGCAAAUAUAUCUGUUAGAGAAAAACUUCUGAAAGAGUUUAGUUGUCAAAUUUGCCGGAAGGUGAUGGCCAAUCCAAUCACUACCCCAUGUGCCCAUAAUUUCUGCAAAGCAUGUCUUGAGGGGGCUUUUGCUGGCCAAAGUCUCACUAGACAAAGAGGUCAAGGAAGACGGACAUUAAGAGCGCAAAAGAAUGUUAUGAAAUGUCCAUCCUGUACUAUUGACAUAGCUGACUUUCUUCAGAACCCACAGGUGAAUCGGGAGUUGAUGGGUGUCAUAGAAUCACUACAACAACAAGCUGAGCAGGAAAAACUGGACAACAAUUCAGAAGAGUGUAGUGCAGAGAGUGAUGCCACUGAGCAACGAGAUUUGGUUGCUGAUGACCAAAUUGCCGAAGAGCCAAAGGAUGAAUCCCAAAAUGCACAGAAGCAGAAAAAAGAAACUGAUGAUGAUGACAUUAUGGAUCCAUCAUCAAAUGUGCAGACAACGAGUCCAGGGAAGGAGCAAGAAGCCCCAACCACUACUGAUAGAGCCAGUCAAUAACGUAUGCUGGAGCCUGGAACGCAGACCAGGAGCAAGGGAGCUGGGAGGAAAGCAGGUUUCUCUUUUUUGUUACAAAGCUUUUGGUUACACGGUGGUUAAUGACAAUGACCCUGAAUUUAUAUUAUUUAGUGAAUUUCAUCCUCAUGUAUGAGCGGAGUUAUCCUUGUUAAUUUAUCCAAAUUAAUGGCAUUUUUUAAGCCAUUAGUUAUUUUUUGGCAAAGGCGUUGCAUAUGCCUUUCAUGCGUAUGGAAAUCAAUGUCUUUCAAAUGCAUCUUUCAAAUGCAAACCCAAUGUAAAAUGUUAAUUUAAAACGUUAUAGUUUUAAUAUAUUUAUGUUAUAAAAA